UAUACGGAUAUCUUAAAGUUAUAUCAAUAAGCAAAUGAAAACCGAAUACGCAUUUUUCGUUAAAGAUAAGUAAAAGAACAUACAAAUUUAAUAAUGGCGAAACGAUUAGAUGGUAAAAUUAAAACACCAAAUAGUGGCCCGGGUUUUAAAUCCAAGGCGGAUUUGAAACAAAUGGAACAACAGAGACGAGAAGAAAAAGUUUUACUGGAAAAGCAGAAGGAUAAAGAGUUAAAAAUUUUAGAACACCAGCUUCGCGAAGAAAGAUUAAAACCCAUUUGUGAAAUGCUAGCAGAAUUGUCUCGAAAAAAAUAUGAACACGACAGAAAUUACCGAGAAGAAUUAGAUUGGAAGCAUUGGAUACGGUGUGACGGCACCCCCAACCCUCAAGUUGUGCAGGAACUGAAUACAUAUCUUUUUGUUGAGAGACAAGUGUCUCAUACUUGUGACGAAAAAAACUCAUAUGUGGAUAAAUGUUUAGAAAUAUUCAAAAUUAUGGACGCAGUAGAUGACAUCGUGGAUUUGCCGUUAGAUUUCAAUCAGUUUAAACUGCAAUGCUUCCGGGAAGCCAGAGAUAACUUAGGAAGACUACUGGUAGAAAUCGUGUACGGGAUUUGUUACUAUCUUUUGAGUGAUUACGAUCGCAGAAUGGAUCCUAUAGAUUUAGAAACUGUUGCAUAUAAAAACUCGUGCGAAGCAUUCGCUGUUGGUUUACAUGUGGUUUGUCAUAGACCCAGGUUAAUGACUGACGACCGACCUCCGCCGAAAUGUGACUUCCCCGAAUGUCUUGUCAUGGUCGAUGUUCCACCACAAUUAUCACAACAGUACAUGGCAGUAAUGGCUUUAUGGCUACGCUGGGACCCUUUUACGGACAGGAUGGAUGAAUUUGACGUCUCAAAAUCAUUUGAAAUGGAUCCUCGAGAUUUGUGGCAGUACUCGGAGGAUGUGUGGAAAGAACAGAACGAGAUAAUGCAGCUGAUAAAUGAAGAGAAGGAACGAUCGAAUAAACGAUUGUGGAUGGAAAAAAUGGAAGAAAAACUUAAAGCGUUUGCAGAGGUAGACCGAAACAGUUAUCCAGAAGAUCUUAUAACAUACUUGGACGAACUUGAAAAAAAUGACCCUCCUACUCGUGUUCGUUCAAAAAUCAAUGAAAUAAAGAAAGAUAAAGAAGAAAAAGAACCAGAAGAUCAUCGAGAUGAAACCGAAGUAAAUGACGAAUCCUCCAAACUAGUAGAACCUGAAAUUUCGAAGUCAAUUCAUAAUAAAGUUGAUAUCGGAAAAACUCUAAGCCAGGAAAUGGAAAAAAGGCGUCUAGAACAGAUAGAAGAUUUUUCUAAUUCAUUGAAAUAUUCGGAAAAACCAAAUGAGCUUAAUCCUAGAAGAUACUGGAUUAUUGGCGGAGCAUUUAACGUGGAAAUGUGGAAACUUCCUAUGCAGCCCGUUGAAUUUGAAGACGGGUCAGUGGGCGUGUUAAUCGUCGGACCCACUGCACUGCAACCCAUCGAUUAUCAUGAAAAAUACGAACCGAUACAAUUGUCCAUGGGAUUCUCGUCUACAUCGUCUGAAGACGAAGAAACUGACGUAAAAAAACAAAACCAAGAAGCACUUAAGAAACUUGCCAUGAUAAAUAUCAAGUUGCCGGAAAAUGUGCUUUGGUUUGAAAAUCCUAAACCAGCAAUGUGGAACGAAGAAAAAAAGAAUUGGACAACUGAAUAUAUAUACGAUAUCAGGUUCAACGAGGAGAAGCAGACGGUAUCGUUCCGGGCCGGUCGGAUGGGCUCGUUCGGGCUGGCCGUCAACCGGUACACCAACUUCCCGUUUCAGUCGUGGGAGAUACGGCCCGAAGGCGGCGACGACAGCGCCGGAGUCGUGCUGUCGGUGACCGCUGCCACCGUGCUGGUGGAGUUCGCGGUGCGCGGCGACCAAGCGGCCAUGGUGCAGCUGCAGAACGCCACCACGGUGGCCCUUCAGGAGAUGAUCGGCGUGUACCACCGGCCGGACAAGCUGAUCCGGUUGCUGCGCCGCGGCGGCGUCAACCUGUUCCCGGAACCGGACGCCCGGCACUACGUGGACGGCUGCCGACCUCCCAAGCACGCGGUGGCCGAGCGGCACGCGUACCGUUGCAUGGCCGUGCUCAGCGCCACUCACCAGUUCGCCGCGUCCCGGUGGAACGUGCACGCGCCGUUCGACCGGAUGGUGAUGCAGAUGAAGGAGACGCAGCCGGCCGCCGAAUCGGAAGGCGCGACCGCGGCCGAGACGUCGUCGUCGUCGGCCGGCGGACAGGUCCCGUACAAGAUGGUCAUGGUCACUCCCGAACGGGCCGUGCUGCUCAAGUGCACCGAAGUCAGUCAGGUGUUCUCCGAGGAACCGCUGCAGAAGCCGCCCAACAACGCCGAGGCCGGUCGGCGGUACGCGCCCGACUUGUUGACGCUGGCCGGACACGAUACCUCCGACGUGGACUUCAAGGCGUCCGAAACACUCUUCUACCUCAUGGACAAGAUCAAAUUUUUGAGCUAUUCUUGAACAACUCGCGGGGUUGCCCGCAGUCGACGAGUAACGACGAUUUGUGAGCGCAUUUUACUAACGUCGCAAUUUUAUCCGUUUGCAAGCUUUAAGCGUCUUUUUAACACUAUAUAGCGUAUGUCAGAUAUCAAGUCUAAAAAACACAUACGCAUAACUCACGUCCUAUGGGUUUUUUUUUUAUAGAUUGUAUAGAUAAUUUGAAUUAUUGGAACGUUUUUGAAGUAACAAAAAUGUAAAACAACGAUUUCUAAUAAAAUAGGACAUACAACUAUUAUACCUUCUACUUCACGGUUUGUUUUUAAAAAAAAAUUUGAAGUAAUAAAAUGUAAUAUAUUCUCACUGCAAAUUAAUAUACUCCAUACGCAUAA